GUUUUGUGGCUCGAUCGACCGGCGCCGGCCGUAAACGUCGCUGAGUAAUCUGAUAAAGUCAGAAUAAUGAGCUCUUUUACAGAAAAGGCGCUUUCCGAUAAGUUAGCAACGCUAACAAAUACACAGCAGAGCAUCCAGACCAUGUCCUUAUGGCUGAUUCAUCAUCGGAAACAUGCUAAGAAAAUAGUAACUGUCUGGUACACACUGCUCGUGAAAGCAAAGCCUUCUCGAAAACUGGGAUUCAUCUAUCUUGCCAAUGAUGUUGUCCAAAAUAGCAAGAAAAAGGGGCCGGACUUCAACAAGGAGUUUGCAGGCGUGAUGCCUACAGCUUUUGGACAUGUGUAUGAUACCACUUCUGAUGAAAAGACUUAUGCUGCUCUACAAAAAGUACUCAAGGUCUGGCAAGACAGAAAUGUCUUCGACAAGGAUGUCCUUAAGAAAAUAGAACAAGAAAAUAAUGAAGGUGAAGAGCUGCCGGAGCCGGAUGUAGCAGAGGAUGAUGCUGAUACCCCUCCGCAACAAGACGUCGGACAGGAAAGUAAAAGAGAGCAAGAAGACGAGGAGUCUGCUCCCGCUAAGAAACCCAAACUAGAAGACCUUCAACGUAUUCUGCAUGAAGAAGAAGAGGAAUUGCAACAGAUAGAAGACAUGCCUGAUCCUGAUGAAAUGGCCCAAGUCUUGAGAGAUCUAGAACACUCUGCUUCAAGUGAUGCGUCUGUCAGAGAAAAAAUAGCCAACCUUCCACCUGAAGUACAAGAUGUUAGCAUGCUAGAGAAGAUAAAAGACAGAGAUGAUGCAGAGAGGCUAUCAUCAGUGGUCAAUGAAGCUGUAUCGAUGUUAUCAGAUUAUAACAGCAGGCUAUCCUCUGAGAUGACCCAACGUGAAGAACUGAUGAAAAUGCUGACAUCGUAUAAGAUAGGGCAGCAACAUCAUCUCAGGACAUCUCUCAAGAAACUAGAGGAAUAUAAAGAUCGUCUAACGCGAGUAACGACUGUGAGAAAGGAACUGAAAUCGCACAUCCAGAAUCUUCCAGAUCUAUCUCUGUUACCAGACGUAACUGGAGGACUGGCCCCACUACCUUCAGCUGGGGAUCUCUUCUCAAUUGAUGUGUGAACACACUUUCCUGCAUGAUAACAUUUUGAAAUUUGUAUGUGAACACUCAGGUUGAGAUCUCUACCCUGUUAUCAUAAGCUGUCACAGAAACUUCCUGAAGAACAGUCAUCAAUCAUUGUGUGAACCCAGUACCUUCAGCUCUAGAUCUUUUAAUUAUUGUGUGAACGUGUCACUUUCAUAUGGACAUGCCUUCAGUUUGAUGUCUUUUCUUGAAUGAUACCUGAUUACACUACUUUCAGUGGGAGAUUUAUUCCCAGUUGAUGUUAAAUUUGCAUCAUGUUCUUUAAGACAUCAUAUUUGACGAUAAAUAGUGUGGUCUUUACGAGAGGAUAACACUGUUGGCUUCAGGUUGGUAUACCCUUUAUUGUUGCAAUACUUCUUUAUUUCUUAAAAGUUAGUGACAUACAAAAUACCAUCGUGCUGAAUAGAACAAAAUGUUCAUAAGAUGGCAAAAUUCACCUUUUCACUCUGUGAUAAAAAAGCUUAAAAUGCAAGGAAUUAAUCUUUGUCUUAAGUAACUUGCCAAAUAUAAAAAAAUCAAUUCACACCCAAAUGGAAUGUGAUCUGUAGACAAAAUACACAAUGUGAAAUCUAAAGUUCCUUUGGUUGAGUUUUGAAUAUUCAUGUUGCAUUUUAAUGAAAACAAUUUUGUUUUUAAUUGCAAGUUACAGGAUAAAGGUAAAAGUUUACAAGGUCAUGGAGUGAUUUGUGAUCCCAGUGAUCCCAGAAAAUGUCUUUUUACAGUUAAUGAUUUAAAACUGAAGCAAUUUGAGGCAAUUGACAAAAGUGUAGAUGUUUAUCUUGAAAGAUGGAGGAAUGAGAUAAAAUGAUUUUUUUUCCAUGCAACAAUCAAACAUACAGCAUAUUAGUAAAAAUAACAUGUCAUAGUAUCAUUAUAACAUUAAUUGCGAGAGAAGAGAACAGUUGAAAACACAAUGGCUUGAUGAAGGACGACCCUCAAGAAAGGACUGAAAGAUCAUGAGAUAGUGGAAUGAAUGUGGGAGGACGGGUGAAAGGUCACCAUUUAUGAAAAUCGUGACAUAGAAAUAUGUUUCUGUUAUAAUCUGACAAAGAAAGAAGUAGUAUAAAUCACCCUUUACUUUAAUAUAUUCAUAGUAUGAAAAAGGUUUUCAUGAAUUCACAUCCUUUAUGUUCAAGGAUCAUUGAUAAAUGAAUAUUUUACAGAACUUCAGACCUAACAAGGUACCAUUUGGCAAAACUUUUAGUUGAUAAUAAUUAUAGACAGUUCUUAAAGGACUUUGAUAUUAUUACCAUGGCUGUAGCUCGAGCAGCCUCCCGGCACUCAGUGCAUUUCAAGGAAUAAAUUCCUGCCAGGGACCCAUUCACCUCACCUGGGUUGAGUGCAGCACAUUGUGG